AUGUCGUCCACCACAGCGUCUCAAAAGACCAUGGAGCCCAUCAUUCAUGACGUGUUUGAACAAGAUACUGGCACGUGGCAGUAUGUUGUGGUUGACCCGUCGACGCGCAUCGCUGCCAUCAUUGAUCCGGUAUUGGACUAUGAUCGCGCAACUCAAGGCAUCACCACACGUACUGCCGACUCAUUGCUAGCCCUAGUCAAGGAGAAGGGAUACAAGGUCGACUGGGUAUUAGAAACCCAUGUCCAUGCAGACCAUCUCACCGCAGCAUCAUACCUGCAGCGCCGCCUGGGCCAGGAGCAGGGAUAUAGUCCAUCCGUUGCAAUUGGCAAGCGGAUUGGUCAAGUGCAAAAAUUCUUCGGCAAGCGAUAUGGAGUUCCAGAGGAACAAUAUGGGGUCGUCUUUGAUCAUCUUCUUGAUGACGACGAGAUGUUUGAGAUUGGUGAUCUGCAAGCCACGGCGAUGCAUCUACCUGGCCAUACGCCUGAUCAUAUGGGAUACAAGGUCGGAGAUAACGUCUUUUGUGGUGAUUCUGUUUUCCAUGCCGAUAUUGGCACUGCGCGGUGCGAUUUCCCUGGAGGCAGCGCCGACAGCCUCUUCUCUUCAGGCCGCAAGCUGCUCAGCUUGCCAGAUAAUGUCAAGAUAUGGACUGGUCAUGAUUACCCCCCGCAAGGACGCAGCGGUCCCAAGGCAUACAUGACUGUUCAUGAACACAGAGAGCAAAAUAAGCAUCUCAAGGACGGCAUCACAGAAGAGGAAUUUGUAUCUAUGCGAAAUGAACGUGACGCUACACUGGCCGCACCACGGAUGCUCCAUCAGUCUCUUCAGAUAAACAUCCGAGGAGGGCGACUGCCUACUCCAACCGAAGACGGUCAUCGAAUGCUACGGCUACCUCUGGAUUUGAAAGGUACAGAAUGGUAG